UAGCGUCAGCCGGGAUCAGCGCGGGCGCUCAACUCCCGCCCGGGCCAGCGCCAGGCGACGGGCGACGCCUCCAGGUAAUGACGGGGAGGUGCAGGAGGCCGGCCGAACGCAGCUCCCCUGGUCCUGGAGAAGCCGAGGCCCUGGGCCUCCGGGGGCAGGUGCGAUGGCUGAGGAGCGGGAGUGCGACAGCGCGGCGGCGGCCGAAGCACCUCCCGUGUCUUCGUCGGAGCCCGCGAAGUGGCCGGAGCCCGAGGACUGCAGCAGCAAGUGCGUGUUCUGCCGGAUCGCCAGGCAGCAGGAGCCGGGCACCGAACUCCUGGACUGUGAGAAUGAAGACCUAGUUUGCUUCAAAGAUAUCAAACCAGCAGUACCUCAUCAUUAUCUUGUGGUGCCAAAGAAGCAUAUUGGAAACUGUAGAGAUCUAAAGAAAGAUCACAUAGAACUGGUUGAGAACAUGGUAACUGCUGGAAAAACCAUUCUUGAAAAGAAUAAUUUCACUGACUUCAAAAAUGUGAGAAUGGGUUUCCAUAUGCCGCCAUUCUGUUCCAUUUCCCACUUGCACCUUCAUGUACUGGCACCAGUCGAUCAGCUUGGCUUCAUAUCAAAAUUGGUUUAUAGAGUGAAUUCCUAUUGGUUUAUCACAGCUGAUUAUUUGAUCGAAAAAUUAAGAACAUGAAAAUGUCAACAGUGGAAGAUUUUCCUAAUCUUGGCUCAACAGAAAGUACUAUUUUGGCCCCUUUUGAAGUCUAAUUACAGUUGUAAGGUUCAUUGAGUUUUAUGAGAGGCUAUUACUGGGUAGCCUUAAAUCUUUUCUGAAUGUCUGUUUUUUGAGAUCUGUGAUAUAGUUACAUGAAUACUUUGUCAUUGACUCUUUGCUUUGACGGUUAUUUGUCUAAGGUAUAAGAUACUAUAGAUAAAAUCCCAUUAAAACAAAUUUUGUUAAUCAAGAAGGGCUCUGUAUUUAAAAAGAAAAGUUCAAAUAUUUUAAUUUUUCAGUAGAUAGUCAAUUAUAAUAGUGAUUUAUUUAUGAAGAAUAAACUGGUAUAGAAAAUACUUUGUUGGAGCCUUUAUUACUAUGAAGGAGAAAAAUAAAUUAUUUCUUGACAGUUCUAUAAUUUUACACAUAAAAUUUCAAAAUCGUACCAUACUACAUAGUGAUCUCUGAUCUUGUUGAUGGAAAGAAUUGUAUGUGUGUCACUUUUUACUCAGAUUUCAGAUGCUAGUUUUCAUUUCUUGAAGCCUUGCAUCUUUGUAAUAAAUUGGUCCUCUACCAGACACUGCCAGGAUCAGGAAAUAUAGAAGUGAGAAAGGACAGUCUGCCUUCAAUUGCUUAAUACAAGGGUCAAACAAAACCAGUGAUUACAAUUUAGUGUGUUAAAUGCUACAAUGUUCACAGAAGAGGCUGUGGAGAGGGAAACACUUGAGAGCAGAUGCAGUAGAACUGAGUAUUCAAGACAAUGUUAGGCAGGCAGACAGUGGAACAUGGGGCCAAGAGACCCACAUGUACUUUCCUUGAGUUCUACUUUCAUUAUUUUUUACUUUACAAUAGAAAUGAAUGUCCAAAUUCUAUUUUACUCACUGGAAGUGGAGAGAGGGAUUUGGAAGUAGGGGUUAUGGGCUCUCAAAAUUAGAUUUACAGGUUUUUCAGCACUGCUUUGUUAAGUAGCUCACCAAGCACCUACAUAGAUUAGCAGUUACAAGUUAUAAUUCAGUUCAAAUAUGACCAGAUUUAGAAAAGGAAUUUUCAGCAUGUUCAACAUGUUGUACUAUGUGAACUUGCAAUGAUAUAAUUGACAAUAUUAUGGUAAUAAUAUGUAAGGUAUUUAAGGAAUUCUCAAUUGCCUUAUUGAACUCUUAAAAAAUGUGAUUAGCCAAUUGAUUUAAUUAACAUAGGUUUAUACCCUCUCACAAUAGGUUUUUCUCUUGUUGGAAAACCCUUGGAUCCUCACACUUUUAGUAGCAAUUCUCUUUUAUAUCUAAAGAUUAAUAAUUAAAUUACUACAAUUAAAAUUCACUCAGCCUUUUCAGUAGUUUAAGUAUUUGGUAACUCUCUAGCUAUCUAUAACAGUAGUUCAACACAAAGCUAAUUGAUAAUCUGUCUUAAAAAUGUGUAAAGUAGUAUCAAGAGCAUUAUUUAUGCAUGUUGUGAUACUAUUUGUAAUUGCAGAAUUGUAAAAUUAUUACUAAUGAGAUAUUUCAAACUGUGCUUACUUAGCUAAAAGAAAGCUAAAUAAAUAUGGAAAAAUACUGUGUCGAAUUUUGCCUCUCUGGACUU